UUUGUUAUGGCAAUAUACCGUUUGUACGUUGUGUUGGUACAAUGUGUCAAUUAUAUUUUGUCUCUUUCUUUCUACAUUGCCAGACAGAAUAGGAUUACUACGAUUUCCGGUUCAAAGCGGCGGCAACUAUUUUUAGCCAAUCACGGACCGCAUUUUAAAUUCAUUCUAGCGUCGUUGACGUUGACGUUGAAUGUGUGGCGUGUGGCGUGAAAAGUAGAAGCGUGUGCGUGAAUGAAAAAUUGUUGUGUUGUGACUUUGUUGUGCGUUGACCUGCAAACAUUAUUUUGAAAACUGUCGAAUUGCAUAAGAUUCGAUGACUUUAAAGUGUACCUAACCACUAAUGGCACCGUGUGUGGUGACAGUGCCAGGAUAAUUUUAGAUGCAACAAAAAGAAAACACCAUUGUGUAAUUUUCUAAUUGAAUGCUACUAUGAUGUCUACGAGAAGCGGCCGAGUUAGGCCGUCUAUGGUGGAUUCCAGUCCACCGCGAGGUCGGAAAGGAGUUUCGCCACCGCGAUCGCCUGCUAGAGGACGUAAAAGCUCGCCUCCCGCUAGGUCGCCCUCCCGCAAAUCGCCCGCGCGCAAAUCUCCGAGUCGAAAACCAGCGCCGAAGUUUCCCGCGCGAAAAUCUCCAUCGAGGUCAACAAAAGAAGCGACCGAAACUGCUCCAAAAUCACCAGUGAAGCGACCUACGAUAUCAGACGUGGAAAUAAAACUGCAUGAUGUUAGUGCAACCAAAGAGAUUUAUCGUAGCGUCCGUACGCGGCGCUCGGAAUAUUCCAUCAAAGAUUACACUCCGGCAUUUACUGUUGACUUAACAUUAAACGGAUUGGAAAGUGAGCUGUCGAAAGAUGUUUACGGUCUUAGAAACCGGAAACUGGUUGAGGAAGUUGCGCCGCGUCGAUCUACUAGGCUGCGGGAAUCCAGUAUCAAUGGAGCAGACAUCAGACGCAGCCUUAGCAAGUCCGCCAGCAAAUCACUCAGCAAAUCCGUCAGCCAGUCGAUUGACACAUUUUCUGAAGGUGAAAAUUCAGACGAAGAUUACAAGAGAGAGAAAUCCAAAUCGGUGUCUAGGAGAUUAGCAACUCCUUUGAGAGAUAGCGUUAGCAGACUUGUGCAAGGAAGUAAAUGGGAGUUUGGAGGGAGAAUUGGAUCAGCCAUACUCAUUCUACUGUUACCAUUGACUGUGUUUUCUAUUUUGGUAUCUUGCACAAAAGUAUGCACAAUCCAGCCCCUGAAAAACUGGCCUGCGUUGAAGAAUCUCUCACUAUGGUUCAGUUUGAAAUCCGCACUUGUCUACCUAGACCAGGUAGUUUUACAAGCACUUUUGGCUCUGCUGCCAAUUUUAGGCCCAAAAGCUGACAGAAUGGAUGAUUCCAAUAGCACCUACUGUUUCAAUGCCUUCUUCUCAAGCAUAUUUACCAUCAUAACACUUUUCACAUUUGAUUUUUUCCAAAUUAUCAACAGCAACACAAUAUUGAAGGAUUACUUGAAACUGGCUGUUAUUGCAUACAUAUUUGCCGUGAUUCUAUCUGUGGCACUGUUUUUGAAAAGCCGUAAAAGUGCAAACUUAAACCCGUAUGGAAACACAGGAUAUGUUCUUUAUGAUUUUUGGAUGGGAAGAGAGAUACACCCAUUCAUUAAGAAGAUGGAUGUCAAGAUUUGGGUUUCGAGGAUCUCCAAUAUAAGUGCACUAAUUCUCUCAGUCCUGAUCUUCAAGCAAGGCUUUCAUCUACAGACUAAAGAAAAUGAAGAAUUAAUUUUAACUCCACAAAAUUACAAUGAAAUUUGGACCAAAUUGCAACUACAGCCGACUAUCAUUCUGUAUUCAAUGAUGCAAAUCAACUACUUGUUAAACUUCAUAAUGAGAGAAUACCGAAUCACUACCACUUUCUUCUGGCAUUCCGAAGGCUUGGGGUACUACCAAAUAGUAUCGAGUGCUCUUUACCCAUUCUACUUCACAACCAUCUCCAAAUUUGUGGCUGAUGCUAACAUAACUCUGUCAAACAGUAUCCUGAUUGUGGCUGCAGUCAUCUACAUAACUGGUUUCCUUUUGAUGAUGAUAAGCAAUAACAUAAAGUAUGAAUUCAGGAAAAACCCUCUGCAACCGAGCAUGACACAUCUGGACUCCAUGCCUACUUUCCAUGGGAAGAAGCUUCUCAUCUCCAGUACAUGGGGCGUCCUUCGCCAUCCUAACUACUUAGGUGACAUCCUUAUCCACAUAGCGCUGGCAAUCCCUGGUAUAGUAUCGCAGCAUUACGUGGCUGCUGCACCGGCUCUUCUGACGAUAUUAAUGCUACUGCACAGAGCUUGGAGGGACCACAGCAGGUGCCAGAGACGCUACGGUACGGCCUGGCAAAGAUAUUGCAAUAAAGUGCCCUCUGCCAUUUUGCCUAAGAUUCUAUAAUUCAUAAAAGUACAAUAGUUACCAAUAAGCUUUUUUUAUUUAAAAAUCGAAAUGACCUUUUACUUAUUGUAAAAAGGUAUCUUGAUACAUUUUUUACUUUUAUUUUAGUAUGAAUUGGACGUAGUUAAUGAAAUUUGUAAAUCAAUUAAUGUUGGUACAUCCAUCACAAGCAAUUGAUUAUGAUGUAUUUUAACUUAAUAUUUUUGUAGUAUUAGUCUAUUUAUAAGCUGGAUUAGGAGUAAUAAAAUAAGUUGUAUUAAAGAUACUUUAAUGCAUGCUCAAUGAUUAAAAAACAAUUUUUUUGCCAUUUUAGACCACCGUUUUUUCGAAUGCGACUUAGCUCUCUUAAAUAUUAACUUUAUUUUUAAUUGACAAUCUCAUUUUCAGUAUUGAAUAAUUUUUUGUAAUAAAUAAAUUAAUAAAUGUACUUUUAAAUAGAUUUAUUUUAAUUAGUUUGAUAGUAUAUCCAAAGCAAUAAGAUCAAAUUUAAUAAGUUCUUUUUGUAAUAAUAAUUUGUAUUUAAACUUUUUGUAAUCAUGUUAAUGCCUUUAUUAAUAUAUUUUUCAUAUUUGUAGAGGGAUUACAUCUCACGUUUAAGAAUCUUACUUAUUUUUACUACGAAAUGCUGGUAUAUAUUAGUGUUAUUUACAAUUACUUUCUUGGACGUUUAACACUUCUAUACUCAAACUAAUGUCUUCCUUCACUUGUCAGCGUACGACAGCAGGGUUGCAGUGGCAGUUGUCAUUGCCUGUAUUACUGCUCAAAUCUUUACUUACUGCAUUUAUUAUUCUUUGUUGUUGUACUAAUUAAAACGCAUUUUCUGUUCAGUGAUCUUGUUUUCU